AUGUCACAACAUCAAGACCAAUCUGCUUCUAAAAAUAUUAAGUCUACUCAAAAGGUUAGUGCUCCUCCCACGGGCAUUCCCGAUGAUGAGAUUCUGGAUGUUGUUCCUCUCUCUGUUAUUCCUUGCGAGGCCAUUGAUUUGAACCAACCCAUUGAUGCCUCAGCUUCUGCAUGCUCCAAUCAAGGGCAAACCGUGUCUGAAAAAGGAAAAUCUGUGGCAUCUAAAACUGCUAGUGCUUCCCACUCUGAGAAGUAUGAUGUGAUUGGUCUAGAGGAUGGUAGCUCUGAUGAUCAAGAGGAAAGCUUACUUCAUCACCUUAAGCCAAGUGUGGCUAAACGCAUGAAGACUCGCAAAGGAAGAUCUGUGGCUGAACUUAUGUCAGCUAGAAAAUCUAAGAAGACUACUGGUAUUGGUCCCUCCAAAUCUUGGAGCAAGAAUUUCAAUUUCGAGUCUAAAGAGGAUGUUGAGGAAGAUGUCCCUGACAUCUCGCCUAUGAAGAAAACCACUGUUAGGAAGUCUCUUAGUAAAGUCCCUGUUGUUCAUUUGGAUAACAUCUCUUUCCAUCUUAAGGAUGGAGCUGCCAAGUGUAAAUUUGUGAUUCAAAGAAGGGUGGCUGUGGAAAGGGAGUUGAGAAAAGAUGUUGCUGAUGUCAAGGAGGUCAUGGACCUGAUAAAGGCUGUUGGGUUGUUGAAGACUGUGGCUGGGUUCUCUCAAUGCUAUGAGGGAAGAAAAAUUGAGGGUGCAUGUGAAUUAGAAGUUACAUACAAUGAGGUCUGUAGAGAGAUUACAACUAGGCAGGUGAAAGGUUGGCUUGUUAAAAAGCAUCUUCCUGCUGGGAAGUUGAGUGUCAAGUAUGAUAUCUUGCAUAAAAUAGGAGUUGCAAAUUGGGUCCCUACUAACCAUAUUUCCACUAUUGCUAAUACCCUUGGGAGGUUUAUUUUUGCUGUUAGAACCAAAGUGAAAUUUGACUAUGGUAGAUUUAUGUUUGAAUAA